AUGUUCUCAAAAAGUCUGCUAGCGUUGGCGACGCUACUCGUCUCUGGCGUGUCAGCAGAUCCCAGAGAUCUGGGAACUGUUCUCGCUGGCAACAAAGAUCUAUCUACAUACUAUUCGCUCAUCCAGAAAUAUCCGGAUGUUCUUCUUCAGCUUCCCAGCUAUGCAGGCGUAACCAUCGUUGCACCUUCUAAUGAAGCCUUCAAAAACAUUCCCUACACUGCUCUCAACGGUGUAUGGGAUCCAAAUAACAAGGCCACCACCGUGCCACUCCUGCAAUACCAUAUCCUCAUAGGAACGGUUGCAACAGCUGGUCUUGACACUGGCCCAACCUACGUCCGGACCACGCUUCUCAAGAGCCCUCGCUACACCAACGUGACGUUUGGCCAAAACGUCCUCAUCGCCAAGCAGCCCGGCGACACUGUUGUCUUCACCACCAGCAUGGGUACUCGUUGCACUCUCCAAGAAGGCGACAUUCCCUUCCAGGGCGGCCUCGUCCAGGUGGUUGACAACUUGUUGAUUCCUCCGUCUCGCAUCGAGAACACGACCGAGGCGUUCAACGUGCCCAACUUCCUGGGCAGCCUCUACGCCUCCAAACUCAUGCCCAAGGUCUCUGACGAGCAAAACAUCACCGUGUUUGCUCCCGUGGACAGCGCAUUUGCCUCUGUCGGCGGCUCUCUCAAGCACCUCGAUGCCAAGGCUCUUGCACGCGUCAUGGGAUACCACAUCGUGCCCAACCAAGUCCUCGUCUCGUCCUCCCUCGCCAACGGCACACGUCUCGAGACACUCGCCAAGAAUCAAGCUGGCACAGCUCCUGAGGCUCUCGUCAUUCGCCAGUCCGGCAACAACAAAUACGUCAACUCAGCCCAGAUUGUUCAGCCUGACAUUCUCCUCGCCAACGGCAUCAUGCAUCUCAUCUCCAAUGUCCUCAACCCAGAUGCCGAUGCCGCCAUUCCCAAUCCCACCGCCGUCACACAGGCGCCCGUGUUUCCCGUCAGCACGGCCCGCAAUCCCUUCACCUCGGCUUUACCUUGCACGGUGAGCUGCCCCGUUACGACGACGGCGGCUGAUACCACCACGGAAGCAGCCGAGACAAGCACCUCUACUAGCAUAUUCACAACCAAGAGCAAGGCCGCCGCGGGAGCCAUGGCAACGGCAAACAUUCGUGCUGCGGGAGCGGCUCUGGGUCUGCUCGGCGCAGGAAUGAUUUUGUAA